AUGAAUUGUAUUGUGAGAGACAAGAGUCACAAGAGUCUCAAGAGUCUCAAGAGUCUCAAGAGUCUCAAGAGUCUCAAGAGUCUCAAGAGUCUCAAGAGUCUCAAGAGUCUCAAGAGUCUCAAGAGUCUCAAGAGUCUCAAGAGUCUCAAGAGUCUCAAGAGUCUCAAGAGUCUCAAGAGUCUCAAGAGUCUCAAGAGUCUCAAGAGUCUCAAGAGUCUCAAGAGUCUCAAGAGUCUCAAGAGUCUCAAGAGUCUCAAGAGUCUCAAGAGUCUCAAGAGUCUCAAGAAUCUCAAGAGUCUCAAGAGUCUCAAGAGUCUCAAGAAUCUCAAGAGUCUCAAGAGUCUCAAGAGUCUCAAGAGUCUCAAGAGUCUCAAGAGUCUCAAGAGUCUCAAUAGUCUCAAGAGUCUCAAGAGUCUCAAGAGUCUCAAGAUACAAGAGUCACAAGAGACAAAAUCACCUCAUUUUACAGUUUAA